CCCCAGCCCGGCCAGCCGGCCGGUGGCUGCUCCGGGGACGGUCCCUCCGCUCCGGGCUGUCCCGGCCCGGGGAGCCCCGGUGAUGGCAGCGCGGGGAACAGCCACCAGCCCUGCUUGUGGUUUCCCCUCCUUUCCAAGCUAUGUCUGGAGCCCACGGCCGUCGGAGAUGGGAGAGGAUGCCGAGGCCCUGCGGUGGCCCUGAGGACUCCCCGGGGAUGCGGUGGCCGGCGGGACAGCCCAUGGCAGCGCGGCGGGGCCGCGGGGGCUCUGCCAGCAGCGUGCUGGGGCUGAGCCGCUCGGCGCUGCGGCUGCCGGCGCUGUGGUGGUGGUACCUGUUCCUGAGCGCCGAUGCCCAGGAGGUGGCCACGUUCACGGUGCAGUACCGGGUGCUGGAGGAGGUGCCCCCGGGAACUGUCAUAGGGAGCCUGGCUGAGCACUUCGAGGGCGGCGAGAGCGGCGAGGCGGCCGAGACCUUCCAGCUGAUGGAGACCCCCGGGAGGUUCCCGCUGCACGUGGGCAGCGGGGAUGGGGUGCUCAGCACGGCCGGGCGGGUGGACAGGGAGCAGCUGUGCCGCCACAGUGAUCCCUGCUGGGUGUCCUUCGACGUGCUGGCCACCCAGAACCCGGCCCUGAUCCACGUGGAGGUUCAGGUGAUGGAUGUCAACGACAACACGCCGCGGUUCCCCACGCCCGAGCUGGAGCUGGAGAUCUCAGAGAGCGCAUCCCUGCGGACACGGAUCCCUCUGGAUCGAGCCCUGGACGCUGACGCUGGCCCCAACGCCCGCUGCUCCUAUGCCCUCUCCCCCAGCGAGCACUUUGCUCUGGAGGUCGUCUCCAGCUCCGAUGGGACGAGGCACGCGGAGCUCGUUGUGGUUAAGGAGGUGGACCGGGAGCUGCACUCCUCCUUUGACCUUGUGCUGACAGCCACUGAUCACGGGGAGCCACCAAAAUCAGGUACUGCUUUGAUUAAAGUCAUUGUCCUCGACUCCAAUGACAACAGCCCUGUGUUUGCAGAGAGCUCCUUAACCGUGGAGGUUCAGGAGGACGCCCAGCCCGGCACCCUCCUCGUGACGGUCACGGCCACUGACCCCGACCAGGGUCCCAACGGGGAGAUCGAGUACAGCCUGAGCAGGCACGCGCCCCCCGAGGUGCUGAGCACCUUCAGCAUCGACGCCCGCACGGGCAGCAUCCUCCUGAGGCUCCCUCUGGACUACGAGGAGACCCACGCCUACGAGCUGGAUGUGCAGGCGCGGGACCUGGGCGCCAACCCCAUCCCGGCGCAUUGCAAGGUCCUGGUCAAGGUCCUGGAUGUCAACGACAACGCUCCCGACGUCCACGUCACCUGGGCCACGCGGGAGCCCGUGCUGUCAGAGGCCCUCCCCAAGGACAGCUUUGUGGCCCUGGUGACAGCCAGCGACCCCGACUCCGGAAACAAUGGGCAAGUGCUCUGCUCCCUCAGCCAGGGCUACGAGCACUUCAGGCUGAAGAGGACCAACAGCCACAGCUUCGCGCUGCUGACCAACGCCUCGCUGGACCGCGAGCGGCGUGCCGAGUACAACCUGACGCUGGUGGUGCGGGACAUGGGGGACCUGUCCCUGGCCGUGCUGAAGCACCUCACCAUCUGCAUCAGCGACGUCAAUGACAACGCCCCAGCCUUCGAGAAGGCCGCCUACGAGGCUGCUGUUGCUGAGAAUGGUGAAGCACCUGCAUUCCUGCUCACUGUCCGUGCCACUGAUCCCGACCUGGGCUCCAAUGGGAAAGUCACCUACAGGAUCCUGGACCCCUCUGCUUUGGGGCUGGUCUCAGUCGACCCCAUCACUGGAGAUGUUUUUGCCCUCCAAGCUUUUGAUUAUGAGCAGGUGAGGAGCCUGGAGUUCCUGGUGACAGCAGAGGAUGGAGGGCAUCCCAAGCUGGCAUCCAGCAUCUCCAUCAGGCUGGCUGUGCUCGACCAGAACGACAAUGCACCCAUCAUCACCACACCAGCGCUGGUGGGAGGGGUGGCCACGCUCUCUGUCCUGGUCAAUGUGGACACUGGGUGCUGCUGGGUGGUCCCUGGGAAUGGGAGCACCUCGGGGGCUGCAGCAGUGACCAAUUCCACACUCGCGUCAUGCCCUGCUAACCCCUUCCUCUUCACCAUCGUGGCCAGGGAUGUGGACUCUGGCACCAAUGGGGCUCUCCGGUAUGACGUGGCAGGUGGGGAUGAUGCCGGGCUCUUCAUCCUGGACCCCCUCCUGGGGCAGGUGUCCCUCAACGCCAGCAAUGCCAGCAGCCUGGCCGGCAGCCAGCGGGAGCUGCUGGUCCGCGUGAGUGACCAGGGGGACACCCCCCUGCACACCCUGGCCCGGCUCCGCUUGCUGUUCCGGAGGCACGGGGCCUUCUCCAAGAUGUCAGCGCGGGAUCCCGGCUGGCCCAGUCUCUCCGUGCUGCUGCUCAUCUGCCUGGCCGCUCUCCUGGGCGGCUGCGUGCUGCUGCUGGCGCUGACCCUGUCCCUGCGCAAGAAGGACAAGAAGGACGGCAUGGCCUACAACUGCCGGGAGGCAGAGGACGCCCGCAGGCAGCAGCAGCUCAAGAAGCCGCACAGGCAGAUCCAGAAGGCCGACAUCCACCUAGUGCCGCUGCUCCGGGGCCGCCCCCGGGAGCCCGAGCCCCCCCGGGCCUGCCAGGAGGAGCAGCCCGGCACAGCCACCCCUGCGGCCGGGGGGUCCCUUCAGGCUCCCCUCCACCUCACCCCCACUCUCUACAGGACCCUGAGGAAUCAGAGGACACAAAAAGGCUCGGAGGAGCAGCAGGGCACCUUGGAGCUGCCCGUCCUGCAGCGCCGGCCCUGCCCGCCCCACAGAGCCAAACACGCCGUGAGGGAGGCCGCGGGCCCCCCGGAGGCACCGCUGCACGGCAAGAGCUUGGUGAAGCCACCCAUGGGAGAGCCCCGAGUGCCAGCCGAGCAGCCCGUGGGUGCGGGGGCACCCGGGCAGCCCCAGCCCCACCAGCAGAUCCUCAGGAGCCUGGUCCGGCUGUCGCUCGUGGCCCUGGCGGAGCAGAGCCCGACCGGGGAGUUCGCCAUGGAGUCGCCCCCAGUGCAGCAAAUCUCCCAGCUGCUCUCCCUGCUGCACCAGGGCCAGUUCCAGCCCAAAACAAACUACAGGGGAAACAAGUACACGGCCAAGAACGGCAGCAGGGCUGCAGGGCUGGACACGGGGCUGGACACGGACUGCCUGAGCACCAAGGACAGCGGGCACGGCGAGAGCGAGAGCGAGGCCGGGGACCGCGACUGCGACAGCGCCUUUGAGCUCUCCGUGCAGCAGCUCGUGGGAGAGGAGCUGGAGACCCUCCUGGAGCCACAGGCUGAGCUGGCCCUCAAGAGGCUGACAGCUGCAGACCCAGCGUGGGUGGCCCGGCUGUCCCUGCCCCUCACCAGCAGCUACAAGGACAACGUCUUCUGCCCCGACUCGCCGCACUCCCCCGAGGAUGAGGAAGCUGCAAGGCAGGAGAAACCGAGGACCUUUGAGACCUUUGGCAAAGGUGCUGGGGCUGACCCUGGUGGCAGUGGGACGAGGCUGGCCAGCACCUUCCUGUCGGAGAUGAGCACCCUGUUUGAGAUGAUCCUGUCCCAGAAGGUGCAGGUGCACAGCGAGGCGGGCGCGGGGCUGCUGCGGCAGCUGUCGGCCCGCGGGCACAGCCUCGGCCUGGGGGAUGCUGCUCCAGGGCUGUAGCAGCUCAGUGGCUGUGCCAGGGAGAGGACAGUCAGAGAUUUGGGGUGUCCAGCCCUAUCCCCAGCCCCAGCAGGAUCACUGCAUGACUCAUGUCUAGACAGGUGUAUUCCCUCCUUUGCCUCGCCCCAUCGAAUUUCUCCACAACUGAUUUCACCUUUAGUUCCCCUCCACCUGCCUGUCCUUGCCUUCCUCCUCUCCCACCCUGCUCUCCCAGUGCUCUGCCAGCCUCCCACCCCACCCAGCAGCAGGAGGGCCCUUUCCUCCCAGGACAGGCCCAGGCAAGGGGUUUGUGAGAACAACAGCAGCACAGUGAGAUACAUCCAUGUGAUCACAGACUGUAAAAAUACCUGUCACGGACACUGCUGCAGCUGGGCCCCAGGGUUUCAGUCAUUUAAAUAAAACUGUUUUUUUCUAACACUA